AUGAAAAUAAAUAAUGUAACUUGUAUAAACUUAAAUAAAAAUAAAAUGAAAGAAAAUGAAUUAUGCAAAAAAAUAAAAAAUAAUAAAAUGUAUUGUAAUGAAUCUAAUAAUUCUGAAAAAGCUGAAAAUAAAAACAGAAGUAAAUUAAAUCUAAGAACAAGUAAUGACGAUAUAAAAGACAAAAGAAAACAUACUAAAUUAAUAAAAGUGAAUAAAGAAGCCAAUGAAGCAAAUGAUAACCUAGAAAUAAGUAAAAAAUAUAAAAUAGAUGAACAAAAAUUAAAUGAAAACGGAAUAAUUAAAAAUAAAGAAAUACCAAUAGACACUAAAAUAAUUGAAAAAAAUAUAGAAAAAAUAGAAAAUGCAAUGAAAAAACUAGAUGAAAUAGAAAAAAAACUUAUUGAUGAUAUAUAUGACUGUGAUAAAUAUAUAGAAUUUUAUGAUAAAUCUAAAUCACUUUUAGAUUCAAAAGAUUUUGAUAGUGAUGUAGGAAGAGAAGAAGAAAUAAAUGAAAUUAGAACUAUCUUAAAAAAAUGUUCAAAUAAUUUUAAAAGUGAUGGAAUAUUUUUAACAGGUCCUAGUGGGCAAGGAAAAACCUACAGCAUAUUUUAUAUAAUUAAUGAAAUAGAAAAAGAAAAAAAGCAAAAAAAAAAAGAAAAAAUGGAACAUUAUAAAAAUAUUGAUUCAUCAUAUUUUUAUGUUUCUUGCUCUAAUAGCGAAAAACCAUAUGACAUUUUUGUUGAUAUUUUACAGCAAAUAUUAAAUAAAGACAGGAAAUCUAUAUUAAAUAAUAUUAAACAAAAAUAUAACUUGAAUGGAUUAGAAGAAGUUAAAAAAUUAUUUAUUAAUUACACAAGUAAAUUAAAUAAUUUAAAAAUAGUAAUUGUAGAUGAAUUAGAUUUUAUUGCAGUCAAAAAUGUGAGGAUGGAAUUAAGAGCAAAAACACAUAAUAAAAAUUAUAAUGAAGACGUAGUUAAAGUUUUAUUUGAAUGCUCUCAAAAUACUAAAUGUAAGAUAAUAUUAGUAGGUAUUGCCAAUAGUCUAGAUUUAAUAAAAGAUUAUACCCAUUUAAAAAUCAAUCAAAUUAUUUAUAAACCUUAUAAUGAGAAACAAUUUAUGAAUAUUAUAAAAAAUAAAUUAAACUCCUUAGAAGAUGAAUUUGUUAAUAAAAUUUUCAAGGGAGUAUCUUUAAAUAUACAUGUUAGACAAAUUUCAAAUAGAAAUGGUGAUAUUAGAUCUUGCUUCGAUGCAAUUUUAAGGGUUUUCUCUGAUAAGAGAUCAGAUUUAGAAGAGAGAAAAAGAAAUUUAAUUAAGUUAAAAGAAGAAAUUUUAAUGAAUAAGAUUUUUAAUAAUCAAGAAAAAAGGAAUUUAUGUCUUCUACUAAAUAACCAAUGUAAAGAUGACAAAAAAAAAGAAUUUACCAAUGAUCAAAAAUCUUCGAGGGAAAAUAAUAAUGACAUAGAAUUAUCUACAAAUAAAAGAGCAAAUUCCAAAAAAAGGGAAAAAGAUGAUAAGGACUCAUUAAGUAGAACGAAUAAAAAAUUAAAAAUGGGUAGUAAUAAUGCGAAUGAAACUAAUAUUUAUAAUGAAGAUAUUAGUGAUACUUUUUUCUUAGAGAAAAAUGAAACUCCAUUACUUCAUAAUAGAGAUUAUAAUAUGGAAAGUAAAUUCAGUAAAGAUGCUCAAAAAUUAAAAUUUACUGAUUUAAAAAAUGAGAAUACUUUUGGUUAUGAAACCUUAAAAAAGGAAAUCAUAAAAAUACAAAACAAUAAUGAAACUUUAAGUGAAAUAUUAAUAAGAAAAAAUUUUAAUGCAAAUGGCAAUGAAUCACUUUAUAAUUAUAGUCAGUAUACACCUAAACAGUACUAUGAAAGCCCCUUUAAAGUAUUAUAUAAAAAUGAAGAUGAUAGCAAUAUCCUUUAUUUUAGAGAUAAAGAAGAUAUACUUAAUAAUAUAAAUGUAGAAAAAUUAGAAUCUUUUGAUUUAAUUAUUGAUAACCAAAUAAAAAGCAUAGAAAACAAAUAUGAAAAUUUCUUAUCUAUGCCAAAUAACAAUACAGUAAUGAUAUCAGAUAUAAAAAAAAUUACCGAUAAAAUACCUUUAGAAGAACAUAAAGAUAUUUUAUUUAAAAUUCAAAGUCUGCCUUUAAUUCAAAAAAUAUGUUUGUAUGCUUCUUGCAAUGUAAUAAACGACACACAUUUAAAUCUAGAUGAUGAGGAUCAAGAAGAUAUAUCGAAAAAUGAAAUUAAAAAAAAUAUUGAAAUAACUUAUUAUGAUAUAAAAAAAUGCUUUAGGGCUAUAUGUAGUCAAUUAUCAGAAACUUCUUGCAUAAAAGAUAUAUUAGAAGGAAAUACUAUUGAUCAAGCAAUUGAGCAUUUUGAAGAGUUAGGAAUUUUGACAAAUACCAAAAAAAAUCAAAAAGUUAAAGAAAAGAGUAUAAAAAUACCAAAAGGUCUAACACCUAGAUUUGCUAACAAAAAAAAUAACAAUUUUUCAUCACAAAAUAAAUUAAAUUCUGUUUAUUAUUUUAAUCUUCCUGUUUGUGUUAUAAAACAAACCUUAAAAGAAAUUUCUUCUAUUCUUUCAAGUCUUGAUAAAAGUGUUAAUUUUUAA